AUGGCUCAUCUGAGUGGUAUCCUUUUAUUACUCUUUUUAACGGCCGUUGCAUCUAAGUCAAUAUCUUACGAUGAUCCAGUAUUUGGUCAACCUGAACAAAUCCAUAUAUCUUAUGGCCUUGACCCAUCGCUUAUGGUGGUGACAUGGAUAACAAUGAACCCGGUUAAUGAUUCUAUUGUUGAAUAUGGCGAAAAUGGAGUGCUAAAUCAACGAGCGACUGGUAACGUCAGUAUAUUUCAAGAUAGCGGAACAGAAAAACGACGUGAAUAUGUUCACCGUGUUGUUUUACGAAAUCUUAAACCUGGCCAUCGAUACUCCUAUCACUGUGGUAGCGAUGUGUAUGGUUGGUCACCUCUUUUCUGGUUUGCAGCAAUGCGCAACGAUUCUGGUUUUGUUGUACGGGCAGCUGUUUAUGGCGACAUGGGCAAAGACAUUGCUUAUUCGAUGCCACGACUUCAAGAAGAAACGCAAUUAGGCCAUUUCGAUCUUAUCCUACAUGUUGGUGAUAUGGCUUAUGACAUGAAUUCGGACAAUGCUCGUUUUGGUGAUGAGUAUAUGAAUGCUAUUGAAUCAAUUGCCGGUUACAUACCAUACAUGACUUGUCCAGGAAAUCAUGAAAAUGCCUAUAAUUUUUCACAAUACACGGCCAAAUUCAGUAUGCCUUCAUCGAUGAAUACAUUUGGUGGGGAUGCAAACCAUUUUUAUAGUUUCAAUGUUGGUUCCGCACAUAUCAUCGGCUUCUCAACAGAAUUCUACUACUUUACUGAAUAUGGCUUUGAUCAAAUUAUUAAUCAAUAUCAAUGGCUGGAACAAGAUUUACGAAAAGCGAAUCAGCCCGCAAACCGUGCUCGUUAUCCGUGGAUCAUCACAAUGGGACAUAAGCCAAUGUAUUGUAGUAAUAGUGAUGAUAAUGAUUGUUUAACUACCGAAGGUUAUAGUUAUGUACGUAAUGGUCUCCCAUUUGUUGAAGCAUAUGGUCUUGAGAAACUAUUUGCACAAUAUGGUGUUGAUCUGGAAUUUUGGGCUCAUGAGCAUAGCUAUGAGCGCUUAUGGCCUGUUUAUAAUUCGACCGUUCAUAAUGGCACAAAAGGUGCUUAUAUUGAUCCUGAUGCGCCCGUCCAUAUAGUAACAGGAUCAGCGGGUUGUCCUGAACGUCAUGAUCCAUUUGGUAUUCCCCGCUCAUGGACAGCAUAUCGAAAUAAUGAUUAUGGGUAUUCACGAAUGAAUAUUUAUAAUGCAUCUCAUCUCUACUUAGAACAAGUAUCGGAUGAUAAGGGUGGAAAAGUAGUUGAUAGCAUGUGGUUAAUCAAAUCUAAACACGGUCCAUACUCCUAUUUUGAAUAA